AUGGCCGAUCAUUCGAACUCGCUGACCUUGGACGAAGAACGGAGAGAUGCCGAAAUCCUUGCUAGACACCUACACCCCCAGUUCACCGGUUCGCUGGAGCCCGAGGCAGCAGCGGCAGAGGAGGAAUCAGCUGCAUCCAGUGGCCAGUCGCCGGAGCUGCAGUCGUCGCUGAAGCUGCAGGCGGGGGAUAUCCAUCGAGACUUGUACCGUAUCGAAGCCCGUUCGAAGCAGGCACGGCUGGACAAACGGGCUGCCUCGUUCUCUUUCCCUCCGAGACAAUACGAAGAUGAGAAUGGAGAGGUAGUGUCUGCCCAGGAGCCAGGCAGUUUCCGCCGGCACUUCCUUCGUCAUCACCAUCGUCAUCGGUCGAGUACGUUGGUUCUGACCACACGGAACUUCGUUGAGUUCCUGGAUCUGUACGGUAGCUUCGCGGGUGAGGACCUGGCCGAGACGGAAGAUGAGUCGUCAGUUGGACCAGACCAUGAAGGAGAAGGAGAAGAACAAGAAGAACCGGGCGAAAGAAGGCCGCUUUUGGGCCGCCGCCGCAGGGUCUCCCGGAUGGGCCGUCCAGGCGAUGCGUCGAACAUGAAAUCCUUCUUUACUCUACUCAAAGCGUUCAUCGGGACUGGCAUCAUGUUCCUGCCCAAAGCGUUUCGCAACGGUGGCAUCCUCUUUUCCUCCAUCACACUUGUCAGCGUCGCUGCAAUCACAGCGCUGUGCUUUCACCUUCUCCUGCAGUGUCGAAAGCACUAUGGAGGUGGGUAUGGAGAGAUCGGGGAGCGGAUCGCAGGGCCGCGUCUACGAGCGCUCAUCCUGGGCUCCAUCACCCUCUCGCAGCUGAGUUUCGUUUGCGCGGGAAUCAUUUUCACGGCAGAGAAUAUGCACACCUUUUUACGCGCCGUGGCAUCUACCACAGACGCACACCACCACAUUUGGUCGACUAAUCAGUUGAUCUUCCUGCAGCUGCUGAUCCUCAUUCCGCUGGCCUUCAUCCGCAACAUCUCGAAACUGGGGCCCGCCGCAUUGCUCGCCGAUGUCUUUAUUCUCAUCGGCUUAACGUACAUCUACUACUACGACAUCGCGACGAUUGCCUCACGCCAUGGACUAGCCCCGUCGGUCGUGCUCUUCAACCCGAGUUCGUUCACGCUGACCAUCGGUUCCUCGAUCUUCACAUUCGAAGGCAUCGGGCUCAUCCUGCCCAUCCAGUCAUCAAUGAGGAAGCCCGAACAGUUCGGCCCCUUGCUCUACACAGUCAUGGCCAUCAUCACCGUGCUGUUCACCGCCGUGGGGGCUCUCUCCUACGGCACCUUCGGCGAAGCCACCAAGACAGAGAUCAUCACCAAUUUCCCCCAGGGCGACCGCUUCGUAAACGCCGUGCAGUUCCUCUACUCGCUCGCCGUCCUAGUCGGCACCCCCGUGCAGCUCUUCCCCGCCGUGCGCAUCAUGGAAGGACGUCUUUUCGGCCGCCUCUCGGGGAAACGCGACCCGUCCAUCAAAUGGAAGAAGAACGUCUUCCGCACCGCCAUCGUCCUCCUCUGCACCCUCAUCUCUGUCCUCGGCGCCGGCGAUCUCGACAAGUUCGUCGCCCUCAUCGGCUCCUUCGCUUGCAUCCCCCUCGUCUACAUCUACCCGGCCUAUCUGCACUGGAGGGGUGUUGCCUCCUCCCCUUACGUCAAAUGUAGAGAUCUCCUCAUCGCCGUGCUGGGUUUCGCCCUCAUGGUAUAUUCGACGGCUACUACCGUCUCGGUAUGGGUUCAUUCGGGAGGAACCAGGGAUUGA